UUUUCUGAUUGCCGGCCUCAGCAGCAUGGGCAACCUCAGCAGCACUGGUGCGAUGCACGGCGACGUGCACAUGGACAAGAUGGUCAUGUACCUCGACAGCGACCGGUCGGCCAUGAUGGACGGUGAUCUCUUCGUGCUCGAGAAAGCGCUCGCCACCGAGAAGGUCGUCGGCUUCUGCGGCCCCGAAGCACUCAAAGUCUUUGACGCCAACUUGCGCAACGGGACGUUUGUGCGCCACGGCGCCCUGCCAAGCGGUCUCAACGAGCUCCUCGGGCCCGUGCUUCCGACGACCGACGGCGACGCCCACGCCCGCAAGAAGAAAUUGGUGCUCGCGGCGUUCAGCGGUGCGCAACUCGCGGCUUACAGCCCGCUCAUUCGGACGACGAUCCAAAAGGAACACGCCAAGUGGGCUGCCCAUGGCGCGUCCAUGUCCCUCGUCGCCAACGCCAAGGUCCUCACGUACAAGCUGUCCCUGCUUUUGAUCCUCGGACUCGAAGACAACUACGACAACUCUCGUGAGCUCCUCGACACGUACAUGCUCGCGCUGCGCAACUCGGUGCGCCGCGCCGAUCCUACGGGCGUUCGUAGCCGCGACGAACUCAUCCGCACGAUGAUCAACCCGGCGCUCGCGACGAGUCAUGACCGUGUGCACGCGGGCACGCCCAAGCCUUGCGCGCUCGACUAUCUCGUUGCUGCUGGCUGCCUCAGCGACGAUGACCUCCGCACGGAGCUCUUCCACCUGCUCUGCAUGAGCCUCGGCGGGCUCGAGUGCUGGGUCGCCAACUGCAUCACCGCGGCGGCCAGCAGUGCGGACGUCCUCGCGCAGCUCACGGCUGGUCGAGACGCGUUCAUGACCAAGUACCCCGCCGAAGCUGAUCGUUGGAGCCACUUGAGCGACCUCGGCUAUGUCAACAGCUACAUCCAGGAGGUCAAGCGCACAUAUGUAGCGGGCCCGAGCCACAUGUACGCGCGCGCGACGAAGGAAACGGACGUACACACGUCGGAGGGGACCUUUCGCGUGCCCAAGGGCUGCCUCGUGGCGGCCGCACUCGACGGCACCAACAAGCAUCCGUCCGUGUGGGCUAACCCGACCAAGUUUGACCCGUCGCGCUUCAGCUCCACCAAGGUCGACAUGGCGUUCGGUUUUUGCCCGCACGCGAUCGGCGCGGUGGCGGACCGUCGGUGCGCGGGGGAAGAGCUCUCAACGCUGAUUCUGCAGAGCUUCAUGGUGUCGCUCUUCGACUUUAUGUGGAAGAUGCUGCCGCACCAAGACUAUACCCUCGACACGACGCUCGUCAACCCGAUGCCCAAGGGCGGGCUCAUGGUCGUCGGCUUCCACCGGCGCACGGACCUCUCGGCGAGCAUGGUCGAGGUCGCCGGCAGCGAAGAAGACUGGAAGUUCCUCUCGCUGCCCGACGCCAAGGUCUACCGCGACGACAAGGAGACGCUCCACGACAUGUUUGCGGACGAGCGCCUCGACCUCUGGACGCACCUCAUGCUCAAGCUCCUCGGGAAGAAGCAGUCCAUGUGGAACCGGCCGUUCGCUAACCAGGCCAUCACCGUGCCCAAGUACCAAAAGACGUUGCCCAAGAUUACACUCUACGGGCUCAAAAUCCAGAUCCCGACUGAGGACGAGGACUGGCCGGCCGACCCAUGGAAUGAGGUCGCCAUGGUCAAGUUCCUCCGCGACUCGUGUCCGCUCGGCGACGACUUUGAGCACACGUGGCUGCCUGGCGAGGACAUGGAGCGCUACGUCAUGAGCAAGGUCGGUAGCAUGUGGCCCCGGGUCAACGUCCACUGGAACGACCGGUACUCGGACCGCGCACUCGAGCUCCUCGUGUUCAACGGCCUCGGGCAGCACCUCGUUACGAAGCUACCUACCGCGCACGACGACGGCUCGUACUACGGCAUUUGCCUCGAUUUCAUGCAGGCGCUGGACGUGCGUCCAGGCUAUGCCAAGUACGGCGCGGACGCAUACUUCAACGCCAAGGGCAAGGUCACCAAGAUCAUCCGUCUCGGCAAGACGGUGCACCCGGGUGACGAUGACUGGGAGUACGCCAAGCUCUGCUUCCGCGGCAGUCUCCAGACCAAGGUCACGGCGCUUGACCAUCUCUUGGGCAUCCACAUCACGGUCGCCAACGGCCUCGUGACGUCCACGCGCGAGCAGUUGCCGCCAACGCACCCGCUGCGCCGCCUUCUCAAGCCGUUCACGUUCCGCUCGGUCAUCAUCAACUACAACGCAUCGUACGCUCUCUUCUGGCCCAAGGGCAUGCUGCACCGCGCAUUCUCGCUGAGCGUCGAAGGCAUGCAGCAGACGUGGGAACUCGGCUUGGCCAACUUCAAGUACGAGACGUUCCCAGAGCACAAGGCGCGUCAGAACAUCGACACGACAACGCUGCCGUACCACGAAGACGGCAUGGACUUUUGGCUCAUCGUGCGCGGCUUUGUGGGCAGCUACAUCGACCUCUACUACCCGUGCGACGAGAGCUUGACGCAGGACACGGCUGUCCAGGCCUUCUGGAGCUACCUCAAGGCAACGCUGCCGCCCAACUCGAUCCGUCCGCUCAGCAAGGACAACAUCAAGGACUUUGUUGCGCACGCCAUCUUCCUCGUCUCGUCGAUGCACAACCAUCUCGGCACGAUCGCCGAGUACGUCUCGGACCCGGCUUUCUGCCCCUCGGCGUGGGUUGAAGGCGAGCUCGCGGGCCGUCCUGGUCCGUGCGUCCGUGGCGCUCUCAUCAUGGCGGCCACCGGCUUCACGCAGCCAUCGAUCAAGGAGGACUUUUCGCACAUCAUGCUCGAUGAGAAUGCCAAGGCCGUGUGCCGCAAGUUUACGGCUGACGUCUGCGCGUACGCGGCGGUGGUCGAGGCCCGCAACUCGAAGCGCCAGCACCCGUACCAGGCAUUCAACCCCAACACGAUGGAGAUGGCCGUGAGCAUCUAAGCAAAUGUAAUGACAGUCUUUUGAAAUUUCCA